CACUACAUCUUCGUCUUAAACCCUAGAGGUAGAGUCUCUCCCACCAAAAGAACCUGCGGCCUCCAUGGCGAAGAAACAGCGCGGCUCGCGCCAGCAGGAGGAAGAGCAGGUAGAGACGGCAGCGGCGGCGCACGAAGACGCUCCCGCCAACGCGGAGGAGGAGGCUAGGACGGAAGCAGGAGGCGUUGUUAGCGAGGAGGUGGAAGGGCAGAGCCCGGACGCUGCGAAUGGCGGCGUGGAGGAGGGGAAGGGGGAGGCGGCGGCAGAGGAGGAGGAGAAGGAGGUGACCUUUGAUGAGCUGGGACUCGACGAGCAGCUGAAGAGGGCUCUCAGGAAGAAGGGCAUGACCACGACCACCCCGAUCCAGCGAGAGGCCAUCCCGCUCAUAUUGGAAGGGAAGGAUGUGGUUGCGAAGGCCAAGACUGGUUCUGGAAAGACCUUUGCUUACCUACUCCCGCUGCUGCAAGAGCUAUUGAAGUUGUCCUCAGAAGGGCGUAUCCGGAAAUCUGCACCGAAUGCCUUAAUCCUGGUGCCAACUCGCGAGUUAUGCCAGCAGGUUUUUAACGAGGCAUCAUCUCUCCUUGAGUUGUGUACAUCCAAAGUGAAGAUUGUCCAAGUGACCGCUAGCAUGUCAGAUAAGGAUAUUAAACUUGCAUUGUCUGGACCCCCAAACAUUCUCGUAACAACCCCAGCUUGUGUUGCAACAUGCAUAUCAAAGGGCAUUGUCCAGGGAUCAUCUAUUAAAGAAUCACUUUCAAUGAUGAUUCUCGACGAGGCUGACCUCCUUCUAUCGUAUCGCUGCGAAGAUGACUUGAAAGCACUUGUCCCACAUAUCCCAAGAAGUUGCCAAUCCAUUCUGAUGUCUGCAACUUCAAGCCCUGAUAUCGACAAACUGACAAAGCUACUUCUGCACAACCCUUUUAUUCUCACUCUUACCGAGGUUGGUCAUGCAAAAGAUGAUGUGAUCCCAAGAAAUGUGCAACAAUUUUCGAUUUCAUGCAGUGCUAAGGAUAAGAUGCUUUAUAUCCUUGCACUUUUGAAGUUAGAUCUUAUCCAGAAGAAAGUUCUAAUAUUUGUGAACUCAAUUGACAUGGCAUUCAGAUUAAGACUGUUCCUGGAAAAGUUUGGGAUAAGAUCUGCUGUGUUGAAUGCUGAGUUGCCACAAAAUUCUCGGCUGCAUAUAAUUGAGGCAUUCAAUGCUAGGCUAUUUGAUUACCUGAUAGCAACAGAUGACAAUAAACCAAAGGAGGUGAAGGAAACCAACAAGGAAAACAAAAAAGAUUCAAGGCAGUCCCGCAAACAUUCGCAACAAACUUUAGAUGCUGAAUUUGGGGUUGUCAGAGGAGUUGACUUCAAAAAUGUUUUCACGGUAGUUAAUUUUGACAUGCCCCCGAAUCCUGCUGGGUAUAUUCACAGAAUAGGACGAACAGGAAGGGCAAAUAAGUCUGGUGCAUCUAUAUCACUUGUUUCACCAGAGGAGAAUAAUAUUUUUGAAGAGAUUGAACAGAUGGUGCAAGAUAUUGCAAAAAAAGACAUCAGCUGCAUUUCAUCUUUCCCUUUACUCACAAAAAAUGCCGUUGAAUCUCUACGAUAUAGGGCUCAGGAUGUUGCUAGGAGUGUGACAAGCCGUGAUAUACAGGAAGCACGUCGUCAAGACAUAAAGAAUGAAAUCCUCAAUUCUGAGAAGUUGAAGGCCCAUUUUGUGGAGAAUCCAACAGACCUUGAUUUGCUCAAACAUGAUAAGUUACUGAGCAACAAAACGAUUCCUGCUCACCUGCGUGAUGUCCCUGAGUACCUAAUUGAUCCCACAACAAAAGAAGCUAGCAAUGCAGUCAAACUUUCAAGGGCUGCUAUGGGUCUUGAUAAUCCAGGAAGGAGGAAAAGAAUGGGAUUCAAGGGGGGAUCAGGCAAAAGUAGGGAUCCCCUUAGAACGUUCUCUGCUGAGGGCAAAUCUCGAAAGCGAGGGGGAAAGGAAAGGGACGGAGAACAAGAUAGAAGAAAGAGGAGGAAGAAAGCUGAAAUCUAGUUUUCUUUGCAAGGAGAUCAUUAUCAGUUUUGCUCACUUCUAUGGACUUUCGAUUUGCACCUUGUAACAUUUGGAUCAUCUCUUGAGUUGGUGUUUUGACAAAGCUUUAUAUGCAAAGUGCUAUGUAUAACAUCAUACGGCAAAGGAGAUGAAAUUUUCUGUUCAAUUGUUGACUA